GCGUGAAGAGAGUGGCAGCACGUGGCCGCACCGGCGCCCUGGGCCGAGCUGCGUGGCCAUGGACGUGGGCGCCGACGAGUUCGAGCAGAGCCUCCCUCUGCUGCAGGAGCUGGUCCUGGGCGCCGACUUCGUGGGUCUGGACAUCGAGUUCACGGGCCUUCGCUCCAACCUGUCCCGGCCCCAACAGAUCAGUCUUUUUGACUUGCCCUCGGAAUGGUAUCUGAAGACCCGCCACAGUGUUCAGCAGUUCACCAUCUGUCAGAUUGGAUUGUCCGUGUUUUCCAGUAUUGAAGGAGAAUCAAACAAGUAUGUAGCCCAUUCAUGUAACUUCUUUCUCUUCCCUACGACAUUUGGGAUUUUGGAUUCCGAAUUCUCUUUCCAGGCUUCUAGUGUUCAGUUUCUGAAUCAGUAUGGCUUCGACUAUAACAAGUUUCUCAAAAAUGGGAUCCCCUAUAUGAAUGAAGAGCAGGAGAAGAAAAUCAAACACAACAUCCUGACUGGGAACUGGAGAGUUCGCAGGUUCUGGUGGUUUUCUGCAGCAUCCCACUCUCAUGUGCCCACUUUCAGUUCUCUGGAUAAAGACCAGAUCAAGGUGGUGAUUGAUGAGGUGACACGGUGGCUGGAUUUGGCUGAGGAGGGCGACUGGAUGACUCUCCCCGGUAUCGCUGGCUUCCAGGCCUUUGAGGUCCAGUUGGUGCUGAGGCAGGCCCUCCCUGACAUCUGGACGGUCCUGAGAGACCAGGGGAUUAUAGUAAAAAAAGUGAGUAAACAACACCGCUGGUAUCUUGAGAACACCUCCUGUGAUCGAGAGAGCUGUUGGAAGGAGAAGAUUCUUCUCUCUGCGAGGGGCUUCUCGGUGUUUUUCCAGAUGCUGGUGAAAGCCCAGAAGCCCCUAGUGGGCCACAACAUGAUGAUGGACCUGCUGCAUCUCCACGAGAAGUUCUUCAGGCCGCUCCCAGAAAGCUAUGAUCAAUUUAAGUUGAAUAUCCACAACCUAUUUCCCAUUCUCAUUGACACCAAGAAUGUGACCAAGGACAUCUGGAAGGAACUGAAUUUUCCAAGAGUUUCAAACCUUUCAGAAGUUUAUGAAGUCCUAAACAGUGACUUGAAUCCUACCAAAAAUUCUGGGCCAGUGGUUAUUCAUGCAAGCAAGUGUGAAAAAUACGUUGAGACCAAGUACCCCCAUGAGGCCGCCUAUGACGCCUUCCUCUGUGGAUCAGUUCUUCUGAAAGUGGCACACUUGCUCCUAUGGAGAGUACACAGUGCUGGUCCCAUGCCUGAGCCCUCCUUUUCUCUCUACCUUGACGUGCUGGCUCCCUAUGUGAACCAGGUGAAUCUUAUCCGAGCUGGGGUCCCUAAGAUUAACUUUUCUGGUCCAGAUUGCCCCAGUAUCCGGCCUCCCAUCCUCCUCCUGCGUGUCCGUAGGUGGCCUGGGGUCAGCGAGCAGCAAGUCUAUCGUGAGUUUCAGAAUGUCUGCAAGUUUGAUGUGCGGCGCCUCUCACGGAGCCAGUUCCUGCUCUUGACCAAUAAGUUUAAGGACGCUCGGAGCAUCCUGAAGGAGUACAGGGGCCACCCCACCCUGCAAGUCUCCCUGUACCGAUACUGGAGACACUCCCCGAACAUCAACUGCUUGUUACAGGUCUGUGGUGUGGUCACUACCUGGGCUCUCCUGGCGCUUCUCCUCGGAAGACCUGGCCCCUGAGUGCAGCCUGCAGCCCCUGUCCUAUCUCUGCACCAACCUGGGACAGCCAGCCGGGUUUUUUUUUUUUUUUUUUUUCUUUGUGGGUUUUGUUUGUAUAAAUCAUAUUUUACAUGUAGACCGAUCUGUGAGGUCCUUAUGAGAAGCUUUGUUCUGAAUGUGAAAUACUGUAAUGAUCAUCAACGAUAAAGAAAUCCUUAGAUGUGGCACUUUGGUGGCCAGAACUUUUCUUUCUGUAAAUGGGGAGAUGUUCCCACCCCUGGGAAUUUAGGCUAGACCCCACCCCACCCCCAGAGGGUCUCCUGCACAGACCAUGAGCAUGGGAGCUGGACAGCAGGUGAACCAAAGACUACGUUAUUUCUGGGAGAGAAAGUUUUGGCCGAUAGGCCAUUUCCCAGUUGGGAACCUCUACCAGCCUGAGUUUAGUAAA